CCGACAUCGCUCAUUAUAGUUCAGUAUGCCGAGGUGCUAUUGUAUGUUGAAAACUUUGAUUAGCGUACUUUUAGAAUUUUGGUUAUUUUAAGGGAAAAUUCUCAUCGUUUAAUUAUAACGUUGCAUAAAUUAGCAACAAAUAGUGUCUAUUGAUUCUUAUUUAUCGAUAGUUAAUUAUUGUCAUUAAAAAUGAGUGAUUCCGAAGACGAGAAUUAUGUGGCCUUUGGUGUUCCUCUCGAUCCUAUAGACGAAGAGAAUUUACCAAGAAAGAAACCUGUGACAAUCGAGGAACAGUAUGCAUACGAUGCACAUGGUAGACGCAGAUUUCAUGGAGCAUUUACAGGCGGUUUCUCUGCUGGAUAUUUUAACACUGUUGGUACCAGAGAUGGAUGGAGACCGCAACAAUUCAAGUCUUCCAGAGCCAGUAAAGCAGAAAGUGUUACUCAACGACCUGAAGAUUUUAUGGAUGAGGAGGAUACAAGCCAAUUUGGAAUUGCUCCAAAAGGUAUUCGUGCUACUAGUGAUUAUGUCGAUCAUGGACAAAGAGGAAUAAAACGGGAGAGAACUACUCGCGAUAGUAGUGGUCCCAUUCCUGGUACUCCUGUAUUAAAGGAACUUUUAAAACCUGCAAAAGAUACAGUUGGUAUUAUGUUACUGAAGCAAAUGGGCUGGAGACCAGGCCAGGGUAUAGGAUCCAGGCUCACUAAGAAAGAGAAAGCUAAAAUUAGGAAAAUAAAUAACAAAAUAAGAGCAUUGAAGCAACAGUAUGGUAAAGCUGGUUCUGGAACUAGUUCAGAUGAAUCAGAGGAUGAUUAUGGAGAUGUUACAUUUGCUCCUGACGAUUAUGAACCAUUUAGAUGUAACCCAAAAGAUAAUUAUUUUGGUAUAGGAUACAGUGGAUUAGACAGAAGAACAAUACUUUCGGGGCACAUCGAUUUAUUUGAUACUCCUGCAUUUAGUGUUCAAGAAAAGAAUAAAAAAUUAUCAAUACAUGGCCAAGCGUUUGGCGUCGGCGCUUUUGAAGCCGAUGAUGAAGAUAUUUAUGAAAGAGAGGACAUGUCUCGCUAUGAUUUUUCGCUAGGACCAGAACGGAAAACUAAGUCAAGGUGGUCAGAUGAUAGCAGUUCAAAGAACUCUAACAAUUGUCUAGAAGGUUUUGUGCCAGCGAAAAACAGAUUGGAGCAGAAGAAGAUUUAUCCACCCCCAGAGUUGCCUAAAGAUUAUGUACCGAUGCACGUGGUUAGAAAAAGUCGAUUUUACCCACCGAUUGAGAACAUUCCUCGCACAGUAGAAAACGGGAAGCGUACAGAUCUUACAGCUGCUGAUAGGGCUAGGAUAUUGGAAGAUACGCAUACUGUUAAGAAAGUAUCAGAUACGCAUCCGAACGCAGUGCCGUCGGUUGCUGCUAACAUUAUUUCUAAAACGUUAAAUUUACACGGGAGACAAGCAGAAGAAAGACAAAAGUUAGAGAGUCAACAAGCUAAGGCAGCCACCUCAUGGAUGGACAAACUUAAUGCUCAGAGUUUCGUUAAAGGAGGUAUCGUUGGGCUUAGCAAAGAAGGAAGUUUAAAAAAGCUAGAAGAAUUUAAAGAUUCAUCUAAAAACGAUGAAGAUCAAAAUACAAACAGGCUGGAAGGAGAUAGUUCCAUGGAGAAAAGCACAGUAAAACCGUCUUUCGCAGAUCCGGAUAAGCAGAAACGCUUUGAACAAUAUUUAAACCUUUUGAAGAAAGGUGAAAAAAAUAAGCUGGAUAGUAUACAACCAUUAUCAAUGACCGAGUGGGACAGAGAACACGAACGAGAAGAAUUUGAACAAGCAGUUAGAUUGUUCGAGCAACCAACCAAUGAAUAUUCCUUGAACAAGUUUACCCAUGCCGCUGAGUCUACAUGUAUAGAUACCGUUUCUGAAAAAUGCAGUCAAGAAAACGAUAUGAAGCAAGCCGUAAAAAUGAAAUUGUUUGGGAAACUGACUAGAGAGCGGAUAGAAUGGAAACCUACGAGUAUAGUCUGCAAGAGGUUCAAUAUUCCAGAACCGAAAGUCGGAUGUGCUCAGCCUGAGCUGAAGAAUAAAGCAGCAAAGUUUUCGAUUUUCGAUUCGCUCGAUUUCAGCAAUUCUUCGAAAUUCUUGAAAGCAACCAAUACUGUUCCAAAGCCGUUAGAGAAUACUGAUUUUGGAUUGAAAGACAGAAAUGUAACCAGCGGUGCAAUUCCAGAGAUAAAAUUGCAUAAUGAUGUAUCUACCAACGAGAUUCAAGAAGUAGAACUUGUAUCAGAGAAAGUAAGAAAUUUCGAGGCUUCUUAUGAAAAAAUCUUUGGCAAAGAAGUUCAAGAAACAUCCCCUGCAAUUUCUGAAGUGAAACAAAAUUUAGACACUCAAAUAGACUCGAAUACUGUCCCCAAAGACUUGGAGAUAGCAGCCACGAGUCUGGAUGAUAAUAAUACAUUAAACCAGGUACCAAAGAAUAAAUCUGAAGAAAAGAAAGAUCUUUUCAAAGCAAUUUUCUUAAGCAGCAGCGAAGAAUCAGAUUCAGAGCCGGAAGAGAGCAUAGACAGUGAGGCUGUAAAGUCAGUUCUAAUUGGUAAACCUGCAGCUGAAGUGAAUACAAAAAGAAAUACUUCUCCACCGAGAGGAAUUUUCGCCAAGCUAGAUUUGGAUAAUCUUCUCUCCGGUUCAAAGGACAGCGAGCAAGCAAAUAAAAAUGGGAAGAACGAAAUAGAUGAAAAUACAGAGUCUCAUUCUGAAAUAGGAAUUGUACCGAAUCAAAGCAAUGACAGUAGUACGAAUAUCGAGGAGCCAAUAAUAUUGUCAGACAUGUAUGGACCAGCCCUUCCCUCGAAACUCGUCAAAGUCGAAGAUUCUAUAUCCGAAGCAACCAGUUCUCAAACCUUGAAACCUGUGUUCAGAAGUGUUGUAACAAAACCUAAGACGGACACAAAGAUUUACGGAGUGUGGGUCGAGAAAAGAAAAGUGAAGAAAGUCAAGAAAGAGAAGAAGAAGCACAAGCAUAAAGAACAUAAAAGUUCGAAGCAUAAGCGGAAAUCGAAGAAGGAAAGACGUAGCAGUUCGUGAACCAGAAAAUGAAACUGUAAUAUAGAAAUAAAACGAGCAAAGAUAUUGUAAUAAUAA